CACACACACAGAUAAAGCAGCAUUUGAUAGACAGACCGUUUCCUCUUUGUCUCUGGUCUGAUACACAAUGCUUCAGUUUAAAACUCUGUCUGUGUUUCUCUGUGUCAUGGGUUUGCUCUCAGAGACUCUGAGCUCUGUAACUUUGGAGACUGAAGCUGGAGAUAACGUCACUAUUUGGUGCCAUGACAUGGCUGAUAUUGGUCAUGUCUUGUGGUAUAAGAACACAAUUGAUUCAGUUCCACUUCUUCUUGGGUGUAAGCAGGUUAAAAUUUCGGGCCAAACAGAGACGUGUUACUUCUUUAGUGAGAGUGAGAGAAUAGUGAUGUCUGUUCAUGGCAGUAAAACGUCUCUCACAAUCACUGCAGUAAACGUCUCUGAUACAGGACUCUAUUACUGCAGCUUUAUAGAGCAGGUCAGAAUGAUCUUCAGCACCUCCACCUAUUUACAAGUGAAAGAUGGACAUAAAUCUCUUCCUAAGAAUCCAGAAAGAGUGUCUCCUGCUGUGGUCUUCAUGCUGAUUGUGGUGUUUGGUGCAGUGAUUGUGUUCCUUCUCGGUGCCCUGAUCUUCAUCAUACUGAAGCACAGAAAAACACACAGAGGUGCUGAAGUAGAGGAGUACAAGGAUCCUGACUCUGACUCUGAUCUACAUCUCUCUAAGGAGAAAACCAACAGGAGACAUGAUGAAAUGGAGUAUUCCUAUGUUGUGUUUUCUUCUGUCAGUCAGUAACACAGCAGAGUCAUGUGUCUACGUUAUAUCACACACUGAUUACUGACCUAUAUUUAAAAUAAAGAAUGAAGCCCUUGUGGUGUGCUCUUAUUGGUGUGAUGAAGUGCUGAGAUUGUACAUCAGCUGCGAAGUUCUAAUCUCAGUCUAAUGUUCUCCUUUGGUUCUUCAGCACAUAUGCCCAAGUACUUAAACUCCUGUACCUUCUUCACCUCUUCCCCCUGUAAUCUUACUGUUCCACUUCCCUCCCUUUCAUUCACACACAUGUACUCAGUCUUACCACUGACUUUCGUUCCUCUUCUCUCCAGCACAAACCUCCACCUCUCCAGGUUUUCCUCCACCUGCUCCCCGCUCUCACUACAGAUCACAAUGUCAUCUGCCCCUGAUUGACCACUAGGGGGCUCUUAUUCUCUGCAGUAAACAUUGUGUUGAUCUCGAGCUGAAGAGGAAACACCCUGCUGAUCAAACACACCGCUUCCUGCAGUUUAAGGGUUAAUAAUUCAUACAAAUAUCUUAUUUCAUAAAUCACACUGAUUAUAAAGCUGAGAAAACACUUCAGGUUUAUUUCCUGUAUUACUGAAUAAUGUUUUACAUUUUUGAAGAUUAUAUUUUUGUCCUGAAUGAAAUGUGUUGGCUAAAUGUGUUAGCAGUUCUAAAUUAUGAAAACGUCCGUAGCUUUA